GAAAGAGAGAAGAGGCGCGUGUGGAGCGCACGGUUUUGGAAUACGACAGGCGGCGAGAUUCGGCACGAAAUUAUUGAGACCGUGGGCAGGCUCCGUAAUCUACACCGGGGACUGAGUACAUACAGUAUAUUUACAGCGCUUCUCACCAUCCACUCGGCUCCAGCGUGAGUGAUACAGAUUGGUAUCAACAACAAAAGUCAAGCGUGGCUGGCCCAUGUUCUCCAGGGUGAAGAAGAAUGGAUGACAGCCAGAAUGGCGUGCAGGUCGGAGAGAACAAGUUCAUCAGCAAGAGCACCAUUUUGUCACAUCUGAAGACCUACAACCUCUACUAUGACGGGAAGACUCUCCAGCUCAGACAUAGAGAGGAGGAGGGCGAGCUGAUCGUAGAGGGUCUGCUCAACAUCUCCUGGGGUCUGAAACGACCAAUCAGACUGCAGAUGCAGGAUGACCACGAGCGAAUCAAACCUCCCCCUUCCUCCACUUCCUGGCACUCCGGCUGUAACCUGGAUGCACAGAGCCAAGAGGGAGCCAAGCAGACCCCUCCUCCCAUCGAGGUGACACCACCGCCUGACCAAUCAGAGAACAACUUGAUGAUGAAGGAGGAUGAGGAGGAUGAGGACUACGACACCUCCUCUCAGCUCCUCCGGACCAAGAGUGACGCCGGGGUGCUGAGACGGGCCAACCGACGGUCGCCUAGUGACCAGAGACGAAUCAGACGCCACCGCUUUUCAAUUAAUGGACACUUUUAUAACCACAAGACGGCUGUGUUCACUCCAGCGUUUGGCUCGGUGACCAACGUGCGCAUCAACAGCUGCAUGACUACGCCGCAGGUGCUGCGCGUGCUCUUCAACAAGUUCAAGAUCGAGAACAGCCCCGACGAGUUCUCCCUCUACCUAGUGCACACCAGCGGAGAGCGUAUGCAGCUGAAACGUAGCGACUAUCCUCUGAUCGUGAGGGUAUUGCAGGGUCCCUGUGAACAAGUGUGCCGAAUCUUCCUCAUGGAGCAAGACUUGGGAGAGGAGGUUACCUACGAUGUGGCGCAGUAUAUCAAGUUUGAGAUGCCCGUACUGCAGAGCUUCAUCACCAAACUCAAGGAGGAGGAGGACCGGGAGGUGCAGAAAUUAAGGACCAGGUACUCGUAUCUCCGCUGCAUCCUGGAGAAGCAGCUGCAGUGCCAGCCAGAGGGCAGCACCUGCAUGUGAGCCCAGCACACCCCACCUUCAGCUGUCCACACACACACACACACACACACACACACACACACACACACACACACACACACACACACACACACACACACACACACACACACACACACACACACACACACACACACACACACACACUCCUGUCAACCUUUCUCUCUCUCUCUUGACAUGUGCAUGUAAGCUUCCAUCCCCUCGUCUUAAUUUCCAUCCAUAUACUAACUCUCACUCUUCACUCUUUUACACACACACACACACACACACACACACUUUCACUGAGAGAGACUGAAGGGGCAGACUGACCCAGAGACUCAGUGGCCAUGCAGGGGUCACUAAGGGUCAGAUGGAACUCGGAGGCUGAAAGGUGAACAGCAGAGAGGCCCUGGAGAUGGACAAUCUGCCUCUGCCUGCCCCCCACCUAUAGUCCGUCCCCUGCCUAUAGUCCUGCCCCAGUGUCCAUCCCUUGUCCUGUGCCCUCCUGGGGACAGUUCCAGCACUUGUAACGCUGGGCAUCUCAGAGGAACUGUGUCCAUCUGGUGACCAUGUAGUGGACACCAUCCGGAGAGCUCCAGAGACCAACAUGGCUGCCCUGCUUCAUAGCGUGACCUCUCCAACAUGGCCGACAUGGCCGCCCUGCUUCAUAGCGUGACCUCUCCAACAUGGCCGAUAUGGCCGCCCUGCUUCAUAGUGUGACCUCUCCAACAUGGCCGAUAUGGCCGCCCUGCUUCAUAGCGUGACCUCUCCAACAUGGCCGCCCUGCUUCAUAGCGUGACCUCUCCAACAUGGCCGCCCUGCUUCAUAGUGUGACCUCUUCAACAUGGCCGUCCUGCUCCACAACGUGACCCCUCCAGCAUGCCCAUCACUUCAUAAUGAGACCUCUCCAACAUGGCUGCCUGCUCCACAACGUGACCCCCUCCAGCAUGGUUACCUGCUUCAUAACAUGUUCUUUGCCUGACCUGGAAGUGUGACUGAGACAGACAGGCAAUGCCUGCACUCCCCCCGCGCCACUACAAGAUGGAGGUGUCGCCAUGACGACCUCCCACGCCCUCAAUGUACUCGCCUCUCGGGCCGUACGAACUGGACCCUCUGUUCUGUCCAUCAGUGUUCAUCGUGAUCCACCGUCCACUAUUGUCUCACGAGUGACCAUAGAGUGACCUGAACGACAAACUCACCGAGCCACACCUGAUCAACCAUUCAGUAUCUAUUCAGCAGUUUUGUAUCUUUUGACUGAUCCGAGUGACCAAUGCUGUAAACUCUUCGGGCGCUAUGACCAUGGGGAUAAGGAAGGGACCACUGUAAUUAGCGUGAUGCUUGAUGUCACUUUUAUAAGUGUUUUUGUUGUGAGCACAGCAGUUCUGUGUGUAUAAAUGACCUGUAAAGAUGUCUAGCCUACUUUUAGGGCUUCUAUCUGAGUGUAUUCGAACACCCUGAAGUCCGACUGCACAGAAGGAGGCUCUCUGAUGCCUGGCUCAACCAGCACAACACUGCCCUCUCGUGGAUGAGCUUGGUAGUGCAGCUGAGUAUUUACUGAUGAGCACAAGCACAAUAAAGCACCAGGCUGUGUACAUUACAAGCAUUUAGUACCAGUGCGUUGUGCAUGGUUAUGUAAACGGUGAUGCGUAACGUGUGUACGUGUGACAUGCUUUGUUUACAUUGUUGUGUCUAACUGGUUGUGUAAUCACAGGAGUUGUGUGACAAGCAAGACGGCGUGUGUGUGUGUGUGUGUGCUAUGUGCUUGUAUGGUUUUUUAUCUUUGUUCACAACCAAACCACUCUGGAGGAAAUAGAAGUCUUCUCAUCCGUCUGUGGCUUGAUCUGAAUCCCUGAAGUUUCCAAAAUCUCACAGGUGUUGUUUUUCCAUAUUGCAAAGACAGAGAUGGAGCUGUGUUCUGAUUUACAGAUGGGUGUGAGAGCUGUGUGUGUGAGAGCUGUGUGUGUGAGAGCUGUGUGUGUGAGAGCUGUGUGUGUGUGUGUGUGUGUGUGUGUGUGUGUGGUUAGACAACGCAUUUUUACCAAAGCUCUUACUGACACUAAGUACAUCAAGACAUGGAAGAAGAGUAUGUUUCCUACUUAGUGUAAGCAAUGAGCUUAGCUUGUGCUAAUGUUUAUUAUUAAGAACGUCUUCAAUAGUGAUGGGACGCACAACUUUGACAUGCACUAAAAGAAUGCAUGAAAUACUGAUACAUCGAAAACAUUGGAACAUUGGAAUAUUCCAUACAUUGGAGCAGUGUUGACUGAGCUUGGAUCUGGUCUGAAUUGUUAUGCUCCAGUGUUGCACUAAAUAACGUAGUUAAAUGACAGACGCUCUCAUCUGGCUGCAGUGGGAUCUGUGUUCUCACCCGACACAAGGCUGUGGGGACCAGCCACAGGAGUCUGAGACACAACAAGCUCAAGCAGAAGGUGGAAUAUGGCAGAGACAGAACAUCUCCAAACCAGUGCGAACAGGACCAGGCUGGAGACAGAACAUCCUAAAACCAGUGAGAACAGGACCUGGCUUGAGACAGAACAUCAUAAAACGAGGGACCGAACAGAACCAGGCUGGAGACAGAACAUUAUAAAACCAGAGAGAAUAAAACCAGACUAGAGACAGAACAUCAUAAAACCAGAGACAGCACAGGACUAAACCAGAGAGAAGCCAUCAUAAAACCAGUGACAACAGGACCAGGCUAGAGACAGAACAGGACUAAACCAGAGACCGAACAGGACCAGACUAGAGAAGGAACAUAAUAAACCAGAGACAGAACAGGACCAGACUAGAGACUGAACAUUAUAAAACCAGAGACAGAACAGGACCAGACUAGAGACGGAACAUGAUAAACCAGAGACAGAACAGGACCAGACUAGAGACGGAACAUAAUAAACCAGAGACAGAACAGGACCAGACUAGAGACGGAACAUGAUAAACCAGAGACAGAACAGGACCAGACUAGAGACGGAACAUGAUAAACCAGAGACAGAACAGGACCAGACUAGAGACAGAACAGGACCAGACUAGAGACGGAACAUUAUAAAACCAGAGACAGAACAGGACCAGACUAGAGACGGAACAUUAUAAAACCAGAGACAGAACAGGGCUAAGCCAGAGGGAGAACAGGGCCAGACCAGGAGAUCAGGUUUAGACUACAGAUAGAACAGGACCAGGAUCAGGACCAAAUUAGAGACCAAUCAGGGGCAGACCAGGACCAGAUUUGUGCAGGUUCAGUAGCAGAUCACGCCCAGACUGAGUCUGAGUUGAGCUGUGUGUGUGUGUGUGUGCCUUAAGAGAGUCUGAGUUGGUCUGGUGUGUGUGUGUGUGUGUGUGUGUGUGUGUGUGUGUGCCCUCACAAGUCCAAGUUGGUCUGGUGGUCUGAGGAGAUAGUCUCUCACUGCGCCGACUGACAGCAGUAGCACAUUCACCCAAAAGACUGUGAAAGGAUCUUACAGGAAGCCUCAAUACCAGGUGUGUGUGUGUGCGUGCGUGCGUGUUCAUGCAACCUUACAGCAUUAUGUUAUGGUACAUUACUUUCACAAGAUUCCAUUUUUUCCCCGUUUAAAAUAAAUGUAUAAAAUGUACAUCCAUGAUGUAUCGCUAUGGUAUAUGCUUACAGUUUCACACUGUGUGCAUGUGUGUGAGUGUGUGUGCGUGUGAACCCUGAGAAGACUUAAAACUGAGAAUGAGAAUUUGUAGCAAUGAAGACAUUUUUCUAGAAUGUAAAUUCAGUUAUGCCAUCAUGUUUCCGUUGCUAAGCAAGCCCUUGAUAGGUAGACACUCUCUUUAUCCACAGGAGACUUUCUGUUGUAUGCCAUAGUUACAGAUGAUGAUGAUGAUGAUGAUGAUGAUUAUUGACAACAGAGAAGAUGAUGAUAAUGGUGAUGAUGAUAAUGAUGAUGAUG